UUGACACACUAUCUGCGUCCGAGACACCGUAUCAGGCUGAUUUGGCCUUUGGAUGCUGAUAAAUAUAUUGUCCACAUUUCAUUGAGAUCAAAUCGUGGAUAUACCGGGUACGGAAACACAGAGAUGAAGAUUGUUUUGCUUGUGGUAUUUAUUGGACUUUCUCGCGGGGCUCCGUCGGCUGAUCCCGGGCCCGGGCUCUGUGACGUUUGUCAUUUACUUGUGGGGGAGAUACAGGAGCAAGUGCAGGGGGGUCAAGCAAAGGAUGCUGUAAGGGACUACGUGACGAGCAUCUGUGCGCGACUGCCUACCGAACAAAAGGACGGAUGCCAAUGGUUCUUCCGCAAUAACGCUGAGGCGCUGUUUGACACCAUCGUCUCAGAACUGACUCCUAGUCAAUUUUGCUCGCAGAUUCCUGACGUAUGUCCAGUACAAAUUGAGCCGAAACAACUUAGAACAAGCGUUGAAGGGAACCCAUUGGAGUGUGAACUCUGCAAGCUGGCUGUGUUAGGCAUAGACAAGCUCGUCAAGCAGAACCGCUCAUCAGCAGCCAUCAAUGCUACACUGGAGAAGUUCUGUAACAGUCUGCCCGGGGAGCUGGGCAAUCUGUGUCGGAAGAUUGAGCCCCUCAUACUGCAAGGCCUCACACAAGGAUUUGACCCUAAAGUAGCAUGCAAGUUUGCCACCCUUUGCUCAGAUUCCUCUCCUGGAGAUAUCUCUAUACUGCCUUGCGAAGAAUGCCACUCCGUUAUUGAUGCGAUUGGUGUAUCUAAUACGGAAGAAAUCUGUGGAAUUCAAGCGACAUGUCGCGGAGAAGUAGAACAGCCCAAGGAGAAAUCACUAGCACCGCACCCGGAAACAGACGUGAAGGAUACAGUGGGAUGUCAAAUAUGCAAGUUUGUGGUGCUGGCAGCGGACAAUCUACUCGGAGAAAACAAGACGGCAGCUGCUGUGAAAAGUACCUUGGAUAAACUGUGCAACGACUUACCCGGGGAGCUGAAAGACACGUGUUUGAAUGCUGAGCCCGAUAUCAUGAAGGCAAUCCUAAGUGGUGUUGAUCCAACCAAGGCAUGUGACUUCGUCAAGAUAUGCAACGACGGCCAAUAUGUUCCUGUGUCUAGUCAAUACAUUCCUUGCCAAGUCUGUCAAGAGGUUUUACAAGACGUGGCUGGAAAACACGCUGUUGAACUAUGCAGAACCUUAAUUUCCGGCUGCGCAGUGGAGGAAGUGUCACUUCCUGUGAACACUCCAACAUGCGAGAUCUGCCAGUUCAUCUUUAAAGGCGUAACCGAUCUGUUGCCAGGGGAACGGACAUCAGCGAGCGUCAUGGAAACCAUGGACAGCGUCUGUGCAAACCUGCCUGACCAAGGACGCAUAGUGUGUUCAAAGUACGAAGAGAAGAUUGUACGGCUGAUUAUUGAUGGGAUGGCCGAUCCUAUGCAGGGCUGCAAACUUCUUGCUGUUUGUCAAGGACAUGAAAAAGAGAUUGCGAGUCAGCCAGCGCAUUCGGAACAUAUGGGAGAUGCAACUUGUGAAAUGUGCACAUUUACAACAGAAUUGCUUAGAGAAGUCAUUGCUGGGAAAAGCGACGUGGCGAUCAUUAAGUCAUAUUUAAACACCAUAUGUGAAAAGCUACCGAUCAGUUACCAGGACGUGUGUCAUCGUUUGGCGCUGAGAGUUGAUACGUCAAUAGAAGCCAGUCUUGUUCCCUAUGCGUUGUGUAAAGAAGUCCAGCUAUGUACAGGGCCUGCCAUAUUGUCUCGCCCUGACGAAGUGAUGUGCAAAACUUGUGCCGAAUUCGUAGAAAUAUUACCGUCUAAAUCUACAGCUUCGCUGAAAGAUAAUGUAUGCAGCAAAGUUUGCCCUCGUCGAAGCCGACGGUCUGUACACGAAAUGACCAUGGCAGAUCCAGAACAUAAUUUGAACAAUGUCGCAUCCUGCGACCUCUGUAAGAUAGCGAUAAAAACUCUAGAUGGGGUUGCGGGCGAGAACAAAUCUAUAGCGGAGAUCACCAAGACGGCCACUGAGGUCUGCACGAGACUUACGGGGAUGCAGCUCCAAGAAAUCUGCUUAAAGUCACUACCAACAUUAGUUCAUCUCAUGGAAAAUGGGGUAAACGCCGAAGCCUUCUGUAAGAAAAUCAAGCUCUGCACUGAGGAUACUGUAAAAUCCGAACCGGGGAAGAAAAUUGUUAAACGUGCCGUUCCUGUGAACGGCAUCGAAUGUGACAUAUGUGAAGGCAUAACAAAAAUAUUGGAUAAAGUGAUCGAGAAAAAUGCAACGGUGCAGAUAGUCAACGAAACGAUCUACAAGAUAUGUGAUAGUCUUCCUGCUGGUGAAUUACAAGAAUUCUGUCUACAAGAAGCCCCCGUUAUCGUCAGCUUUUUUCAACAAGGCUUUGAUCCGAAGGAAACUUGCUCACUUGCCAAGUUUUGCUCGGAUAAAGAGCAUACAAUCACACUGACCAGAAAACACGUCGGAGACAUAAAGUGUGACAUUUGUGAACUGAUCAUUCAAGAGCUCGACCAAGUCGUGGGACAAAACGCCAGCGCAGAAAAGAUCAAUGCUACCAUUUAUGCGCUCUGUGAUAAAUUACCAGGGGCAGCUAAGACAUUUUGCCAGCUGGUUGCUCCAACCGUAAUUAAGGAGAUAGAACAAGGAGCUGAUCCACAAAAAGCAUGUGCGCAGCUGAAGUUGUGUUCAUCAGACAUUUCGCUGAAACCAGAAAAUCCAAAGCCAGUUGGAGACAUAAAGUGUGACAUUUGUGAACUGAUAAUUCAAGAGCUUGACCAAGUUGUGGGACAGAAUGCCAGCGCAGAAAAGAUCAAUGCAACCAUUUAUGCACUCUGUGAUAAACUGCCAGGGACAUCGAAAACAUUUUGCCAACUGGUUGCUCCUUCAGUCAUUAAGGAAAUCAAACAAGGGGCGGACCCACAAAAAGCAUGUGAACAACUGAAGUUGUGUUCUUCUGACCAAACCAUUAAAUUGGCAAGUACCAGACCAGUCGGAGACCUGAAGUGUGACAUUUGUGAACUGAUUAUUCAAGAGCUCGACCAACUUGUUGGACAGAACGCCAGUGCAGAAAAGAUCAACUCUACUAUUUAUGCACUCUGUGAUAAAUUGCCAGGAACAGCUAAGACAUUCUGCCAGCUGGUUGCCCCAACGGUUGUUAAAGAGGUAGAACAAGGGGCUGAUCCGCAAAAGGCAUGCACACAGCUCAAGUUGUGUUCUUCCGAACAUGUUCUUAAACUGAAAUCUCCUAAACAACUCGGAGACAUAAAGUGUGACAUUUGUGAACUGAUCAUUCAAGAGCUCGAUAAACUCGUGGGACAGAAUGCCAGCGCAGAAAAGAUCAACUCUACCAUUUAUGCGCUAUGUGAUAAAUUGCCAGGAACAGCUAAGACCUUCUGCCAGCUGGUUGCUCCAACGGUUGUUAAGGAGGUAGAACAAGGGGCUGAUCCACAGAAAGCAUGUGCACAACUCAAGUUGUGUUCUUCCGAACAUGUUUUAAAACUUAAAUCUCCUAAACAACUCGGAGACAUAAAGUGUGAUAUUUGUGAACUGAUCAUUCAAGAGCUCGAUAAACUCGUUGGACAGAACGCCAGUGCAGAAAAGAUCAACUCCACUAUUUAUGCACUCUGUGAUAAAUUGCCAGGAACAGCUAAGACAUUCUGCCAGCUGGUUGCUCCAACGGUUGUUAAGGAGGUAGAACAAGGGGCUGAUCCACAAAAGGCAUGCGCACAACUCAAGUUGUGUUCUUCCGAACAUGUUCUAAAACUGAAAUCUCCUAAACAACUCGGAGACAUAAAGUGUGAUAUUUGUGAACUGAUCAUUCAAGAGCUUGAUAAACUCGUUGGACAGAACGCCAGUGCAGAAAAGAUCAACUCUACUAUUUAUGCACUCUGUGAUAAAUUGCCAGGAACAGCUAAGACAUUCUGCCAGCUGGUUGCCCCAACGGUUGUUAAGGAGGUAGAACAAGGGGCUGAUCCGCAAAAGGCAUGCACACAGCUCAAGUUGUGUUCUUCCGAACAUGUUCUUAAACUUGAAUCUCCUAAACAACUAGGAGACAUAAAGUGUGACAUUUGUGAACUGAUCAUUCAAGAGCUCGAUAAACUCGUGGGACAGAAUGCCAGCGCAGAAAAGAUCAACUCUACCAUUUAUGCGCUAUGUGAUAAAUUGCCAGGAACAGCUAAGACCUUCUGCCAGCUGGUUGUUCCAACGGUUGUUAAGGAGGUAGAACAAGGGGCUGAUCAACAGAAAGCAUGUGCACAACUCAAGUUGUGUUCUUCCGAACAUGUUUUAAAACUAAAAUCUCCUAAACAACUCGGAGACAUAAAGUGUGAUAUUUGUGAACUGAUCAUUCAAGAGCUCGAUAAACUCGUUGGACAGAACGCCAGUGCAGAAAAGAUCAACUCCACUAUUUAUGCACUCUGUGAUAAAUUGCCAGGAACAGCUAAGACAUUCUGCCAGCUGGUUGCCCCAACGGUUGUUAAGGAGGUAGAACAAGGGGCUGAUCCACAAAAGGCAUGCGCACAACUCAAGUUGUGUUCUUCCGAACAUGUUUUGAAACUGAAAUCUCCGAAACAACUCGGAGACAUAAAGUGUGAUAUUUGUGAACUGAUCAUUCAAGAGCUUGAUAAACUCGUUGGACAGAACGCCAGUGCAGAAAAGAUCAACUCUACUAUUUAUGCACUCUGUGAUAAAUUGCCAGGAACAGCUAAGACAUUCUGCCAGCUGGUUGCCCCAACGGUUGUUAAGGAGGUAGAACAAGGGGCUGAUCCGCAAAAGGCAUGCACACAGCUCAAGUUGUGUUCUUCCGAACAUGUUCUUAAACUUGAAUCUUCUCAACAACUCGGAGACAUAAAGUGUGACAUUUGUGAACUGAUCAUUCAAGAGCUCGAUAAACUCGUGGGACAGAAUGCCAGCGCAGAAAAGAUCAACUCUACCAUUUAUGCGCUAUGUGAUAAAUUGCCAGGAACAGCUAAGACCUUCUGCCAGCUGGUUGCUCCAACGGUUGUCAAGGAGGUAGAACAAGGGGCUGAUCCACAAAAGGCAUGCGCACAACUCAAGUUGUGUUCUUCCGAACAUGUUCUGAAACUGAAAUCUCCUAAACAACUCGGAGACAUUAAGUGUGACAUUUGUGAACUGAUCAUUCAAGAGCUCGAUAAACUGGUGGGACAGAAUGCCAGCGCAGAAAAGAUUAAUUCUACUGUGUAUGCACUCUGUGAUAAAUUGCCAGGAACAGCUAAGACAUUCUGCCAACUGGUUGCCCCAACGGUUGUCAAGGAGGUAGAACAAGGGGCUGAUCCACAAAAGGCAUGCGCUCAACUCAAGUUGUGUUCUUCCGAAGCCUCAGUUAAGGUUGGUGAUAUUAAAUGCGACAUCUGCGAAUUUCUUGUACACGAGCUGGACGCUAUUAUCGGCAAGAACGCUAGCAUCGAUAAAAUCAAUUCUACAAUAUACGGUUUGUGCCAGAAACUCAGUGGAACCGCACAAGCAUUUUGCGUGUUAGUGGCCCCAUCUGUUUUGAAGGAAUUGGAGGCAGGAGCAGAUCCUCAAAAGGCCUGUUCGGCCAUUAAACUUUGUUCGGCAGUCCAUAUUCCGCCGCCAGUGAAUGACCUGAAGUGUGAAGUUUGCGAACUUAUCAUACUUAAAGUAGACGGCCUUGUUGGAAAUAAUCAUUCGGAUGCCAAAAUCAACCAGACCGUUUACCAAGUCUGCUAUGAUCUUGGCGGUACAUUGCAAACUUUCUGCCUGCUGAUUGCGCCUACUGUUAUCAAUGAGCUAGAAAAGGGAGCGAAACCAGAUGAAACGUGCAAGCUUUUGAAGAUUUGUCCAAACUACAACGAUACCGUGUACGACAAUAGUCAAGAACAAAUUCGGCCGGGCCACGUGGAAGCGAUUACUUGCGACAUGUGCGCUACAUCGCUCCAGCCAAUUUUGCACGAGCUAGACUCGGAUUAUUUGAAAGUCAAUCGAUUCGCACAGGCAAUGUGUAACAACCUUCCAGUCGUCUACAGAAAACAGUGUCAACAAUUGGUUGCCAGUGACAACGGGAAAUAUUUGAAGAUCUUUCUUAACCGCUUCCGUGACACAAUGUGCGAAAAGGCUCACUGCACGGGUGUCGCACACAAAAACCUGUCGUAAAGAUAGCAGCAGUGAAUGACUCGAUACAAUGUGUAUCAUGAGACCAUUGACAUGUGGUAUGCUAACACUGUGCGACAUCACUCAGCUGGGAGUUGCCCAUUGAAAAGUGUUAUGACCAUUUCACACUCUUUUAUAACAUUAUACUGGAAAGUUUAACCAUUUGCCUGCUGGGAAAUUUGUCGUCUGCUAAAAUGUCGUCUGCUGAAUUUCUAAAAUUUGCAUUUUCUUCAUUUUCGAUUUUUUCAAACAAUACUAUAAGAAUAGCAAACAGUUUGGAUCCUGAUGAGACGCCACGUUCUGUGGCGUCUCAUCUGGAUCCAAACUGUUUGCAAAGGCCAUCAAAAUUCGGUUCCAGCACUGAAAAAUUUAAUAUAUAUUAAAAGCCGGUUGUUGACAUAAUAGAAUAACUUAUUGUAUAUAAUAACUGGUUUAUAUAUUGUUCGUCCUGAAUAAAUUUAAGAUGAA